AUGCCUGUCUCAAACGGAUUCGUCGUCUUCCUCCCCCUCCUUUCUCUCCUUGUCGUAACAUCUGUGUCUCAGAAUUCGUGUGGAACCGAUCAAAACCCCUAUUGUGCCGGGAAUGAUGUAUUUGAACAGCUUUGCUGUCCUUAUCCCAAUGUUUGCUACUGGCAGAAUCGCGAUGGGGCUCCUGGCUGUUGCCCCGCCGGACAAGUCUGUGAUGGCGAUACUCCAUACUACACCCCCGUUUCCACUUUGCAACCGACGACCAUCACGGCCAGUCCGACUCCGACUCCGACUUCGACUCCCGCUCCCACCUCUCAGCGUACGGUGGUUAGUACCUUCGUCGGUGGUGGAGGGGUCGUGGUGGUUACUUCGCAGAACAAUGUUGUCACCACCACCACGGACGACGGGAAUGGAGCUUAUUCGACCGUCACCUCCAACAUCGGCAGCGUGUAUUCUACCGUGACCUCCAGUGUCAUUGGUGUAUAUUCCACGGUCACCUCGGUUGUGGGAGGUGCCUAUACCACCGUUACGUCGGAUAUAGGCCAGGGCUUUGCCACCGUUUCCGGAGUUUUGGUGGCCCCCGCCCCAAGGUCAUCCAUGAUCACGCUUGGGAUGCCUGUCAUGGCUUGCUUAUUGGUGGUGGCCUGGAACUUCGUUGGAUAG